UAGGGGCCGUACGCUUCGCGCGUCGCUCUGUCCCCUCACAAGUUAAAACGUCAAAAACUUUACGUAAACACUCGUGUAUUUAAAUACCUGUAGUUGCAGGAUAAAGACUAGAUAAAUAUCAGUAAGUUUUUAGCGGGUCGUUAAAGGUCUUACUUACUGUUUUCUGUUUUUUUUAAAGUAUUUUCUCGAUAGAAUAAGAUCGUGUAUGUAGUUUCGUGGAUAAUAUCGGGAUCGAGUGCAUUCGUGAGACAGGUCCUGCUACAUCUUUACGAUCGGUGGAAUAUCAAAAUGGCUUGUAUGAAAAAAAGCAGUUGUCGACGAACGAAGCAGAAAAUAGUGUCCAAGAAAUAAUAUAAAAAAGAAACUUCACAGAAUUUAACUUUAAUUAUUUAACUGUUUAACGAAUAUAUACAUUCACAAUGAAUUUUAAACUGCUACCAUUUCUAUUAACCUGGAACCUUAUAAUGGUAGCAGCUAAACGAGAUUCCUUUGAAACUCAAGAUUCGACAAGAUCUAGAGAGCUGAGGAACAAAGAGAACAAUCGUAAUCGAACUACCUUCAACGGAACAUUAACAGAUCUGCCCGACAGAAGAAACUUAAGGCACAGGAAUAGCUCCAGAUACCGAGGCGACAGACGACGUGCUUGGGAACAUGAAAUAAGGCGUGAUCGACGCAAGGGCUCUGACAGAUCCGAAAACGCCGAUAACCGAACAUUCGAACCGUACAACACUAGAAAAGAAGAAAAAGCACGUAGAACCGAAAAAAACUGGAAUAAGAGCACCGAGAAAUACCCUGCACGUAAACUGUUUAACCAAAGCAAGGCCCAAGACCGGUUCCACCAUACACCGGUUAGGGAGAACACGACGCGAUCUAGAUCCAAGACGCCUUAUAAGUGGCAGAGCGGUGGCUACAUACCGUACCCACAGCAAAGGGAGAGGAAACCUAACAUCAUUUUGAUUCUCACUGACGAUCAGGACGUCGAACUUGGUAGUUUGAAUUUCAUGCCGCGGACUAUGAAGGCGAUACGGAGCGCCGGAGCGGAGUUCCGUCACGCUUACACGACCACACCGAUGUGCUGUCCGUCAAGGAGCUCUUUACUGACGGGAGUUUACGUUCACAACCACAAUGUUUACACCAACAACGAUAAUUGCUCCUCGCCUAUGUGGCAAGCGACGCACGAGUCCAACACCUUUGCCACAUAUCUUUCUAACGCCGGCUAUCGUACAGGUUAUUUCGGCAAGUAUUUAAACAAGUACAACGGCUCUUACAUACCUCCGGGCUGGCGCGAGUGGGGAGGCCUCAUAAUGAACUCUAAGUAUUAUAACUACAGUAUCAACAUGAACGGGAAGAAAAUCAAGCACGGAGACAAUUAUCACAGGGAUUAUUAUCCGGAUCUGAUAGCGAAUGAUUCGAUAGCAUUCCUUCGAGCAUCCAAACGUCGUUUUACAAGGAAACCUGUUUUGCUGGUGAUGUCGUUCCCGGCGCCACAUGGACCCGAAGACUCCGCGCCGCAGUAUUCCCAUCUUUUCUUCAACGUAACAACACAUCAGUAUGUACCACAAUCGUUAAUCACACAUUAUUAUCUUGCCCGCUGA